CAUGGCGGCCCCCAGGGGCCCUCAGCGGGGCCCGCUCCGCGCCCGGCACUGCCGCCGGCGGGACACGGCCCUGCGGGGGCUGCCGCCGGCCCUCGGCAGUCAUGAGGGCCGUACGGCGUGUCCCUGUGCAGAUACACGUGUGCGGGCAGAAUUGGUCAGCAGAAGACUUGAUUUUAAUGAAAUAUCCAGCAUGUGUUGAGAAACACGUCAGAAAAUCCAGCCAAAAGCUAAUGUCAUCUGAGUCACCCACCGACAGUGCAGAGGUGCCAAUGGAAAAUACCCCACUCCCUGAAGCUCCUGAUGUGGAAGGAAAGGCAAAGUCAAUUGACAAUCCAGUAGAGAGACUGGAGGCAGGCCCAGGCAAGGAAGAAUGCCUUGAGUCCAUGUCCAAGAGGCAAAGGAAGAAGCUGUUGAAGCAGAAGCAGUGGGAAGAACAGAAAGAUCUACGGAGGCAGAAACGAAAAGAAAAACGCCAGAAGAGAAAACUAGAACGUCAGUCAAAAUUGGAUUCCAGUAGUGAGGGGAAUGCCAGAAAGUGCAUGCGCAGGGAAGUUGUUCCUAGCACACUUCGCCUCAUCGUGGACUGCAGCUUUGAUGACCUGAUGGUGUUAAAGGAUGUUAAGAAGCUUCACAAGCAGAUUCAGAGAUGUUACGCAGAAAACCGCAAGGCAUUUCAUCCUGUGCAGUUUUACUUGACCAGCCAUGGGGGACAGUUGAAGACCAACAUGAAUGAAAAUGACAAAGGAUGGGUGAAUUGGAAGGAUAUCCAAAUUAGAACAGAGCACUAUAGUGAGCUAAUAAAGAAAGAAGACCUAGUAUAUCUUACCUCAGAUUCCCCAGAUGUUCUCAGAGAUCUUGAUGAGAAGAAAGCCUAUGUGAUUGGAGGACUGGUGGAUCACAAUCACCACAAGGGAAUUACUUACAGAAAAGCUGUAGAGCAGGGAAUUGGUCAUGCACAGCUCCCACUUGGAAACUUUGUCAAAAUGAACAGUCGGAAAGUGUUAGCUGUCAAUCAUGUGUUUGAGAUCAUCCUUGCAUACCUGGAGAAGAGAGACUGGAAGGAGGCCUUUUUCAGUGUCCUGCCACAGAGGAAAGGGGCUGUUCCUUUGGGAGACGCCAAUGAUUCAUCCAAACAUGCUCUGUCUGGAAAGGAAGAUGAAGACAAUGACUCGGACAGCAACUAGGCUUCAGAAUUGGAUGAUGGGAAGGACAAGAAAUGCAGUUCAUGGAAUAAAACUGGGACAUGAAGUAGUUUUACUUCACAGACCACCUGCUGCCCUUGUAAUGCUGAAUUGUCUCGGUGCUUGGUAGUCCCAGAGCUGUUUCUGUGCAUGAAGGGUUAAGUUAAAUGCAGGUUUUUACCCUAGAACUUCAAUAUAAUAGCUUUUUAAAAAGAGGGGGGGAAAAGAAGAGAUUAAUGCAGCAUUUAUUUUUUCCCAGGGAAGCUGUUUAAUUUAAUUUUUUUGAUGUUAUUUUUUAUACAUAUCAAGUUGGGUGUAAAUGCCAAGAACAUUAGCAGUUAAUAUUUUAAUGUAUGCAGUCUUGUCUCCAUUUCUGUUUAAAAGUUUUCUUCAGAGCAAUGAAUGACAAGUGCUCCUUUGGUACCAAAACCUGUACCACUAGUGCCUGCUGCAAAGUGUGCAUGAACACUCAAAACAAAAAUUCUGAUUUUCCUGAGCAUCUCAACAGACAAUCACGAGCAACUGAACUGCCUGAUUUAUAUAUUGUGUUUAGUUAGCUGGGAUCAGUAGGUGAAGUAUGAAUGUGGGGUUAAGCCAGUGCUUUAUACUUGAGCUUGAGAGGGAUAGGUGUUAGCACAGGUGCAAAUCACGUGCCUUGGUGGGCACAUGGUGCACAUUGAGGUGACUCAAUCUCUUUUGAUUAUUUCUCUGUAUUCUCAGCAAAAUUUGUCACACAGCCUCAGAACAACACCAGGAGAGAGGAACUCUUCCUUACAGGUCACUCAGAUUCAGUAUUACUGUGUAAUCACAGGAUCCUGUAUGUAUUGUAUUGUCUAUCAAAUAUUUUUCCUUUUUAAAAAAAGUAAUAAUCUUAGUCUUGGCUGGAUAUUCUGAUUCUGAUUCAUCAACUGACUUCAGUGCUAUGGCAGAGUAGUGAAGUGGACAUCUUGGAAGUAAGGCUUUGCUUCAGCCCUGAGAGCCUGCCUAUUCCUUUUUCUCCAGGGAGUAGCCAGGUAUCUGCAGUGCCUGAAUAAGUGCAGCUCUCACACAGGUUUCUCAUGCCUGAAGAGCUUGAGGUCAUGGCAUCCUAAGUGUGCCUCUCUGCUGAGCUGCAGUCAGAGGGCUGAUUCAGGUAUGAUUUGCCUUGUGCCCAUUUUUCUUGUUCCCUUCGUUGUUACUGCUUUCAAGUGGAGACUGCAAGUGGGUCCCUACGGUCUGUAAAGGCUUGGCACCCAACUGGUUAUCACUGACACACUUGGUGCACCUCCCUCUACACUUUCCAAAAGGCCAAGAGAAAAGUUCCUUCUGUUAAAAGGAUGGAGUGUGGUUUGUUGCUGAAGUUCCACGGGGCUUUUCUUAGGCUUUACAAAACUGUGAUUGCUUUGUUGCAAAAACUAGAUCAGCCUUUUCAUAAAAGCAUUGCGGGUUUUAUUUCUGUAACAGAAAAGGCAGCGUAAGUGUACCCAGCAUGUAUUACACUCAUUCUCUAACUGAAAUGUGUAAAAUUUCAAGGAAUUACACCUUUACAGCUGAGAGAACCUCAUGUUACUGCAUGUAGCACCUAUUAAAUCUGAUCUAAGACUC